GAACCGGAAGUGUCACUCCUGCUGUAGGCGCUAGCAAAAGCUACGUCGCUGCAAUCGUCUCACCGGAUUGGGAGUUUGACGACAGGAACAGCCGCCUCAUCCCGGGUCCAGUCACAAACACCCGUCUUCACUGGGGUCUCUGGAGAGAUGAACAACAACGGGAAUAAGAGAGCUCCAACCACAGCCACUCAGCGACUCAAGCAGGAUUACCUCAGGAUAAAGAAAGACCCCGUGCCUUACAUCUGUGCAGAACCUCUCCCCUCCAACAUCCUAGAAUGGCACUAUGUGGUCCGAGGUCCUGAGAAAACUCCAUACGAAGGAGGAUAUUACCACGGAAAACUAAUUUUUCCUAGAGAGUUCCCUUUUAAACCACCAAGUAUCUAUAUGAUUACACCGAAUGGGAGAUUUAAGUGUAAUACAAGGUUAUGUUUGUCCAUUACAGACUUCCAUCCAGACACGUGGAACCCUGCGUGGUCUGUUUCCACCAUCCUCACGGGGCUGCUCAGCUUCAUGGUGGAGAAAGGCCCCACCCUCGGGAGCAUUGAGACCUCGGACUACACGAAAAGACAGCUGUCGGCCCAAAGCCUGGCCUUCAACCUCAAGGAUAAAGUGUUCUGCGAGCUGUUUCCUGAUGUCGUGGAUGAGAUAAAACAGAAACAAAAGGCCCAGGAGGAGCUAAGCGCCCGCACGCAGCCCCUCCCCUUACCUGACGUGGUGCCCGACGGUGACCCCCAGCACGCCCACUACGGCAUCCCUCCCCUUAACGGAGGUCCCGUCCCGCUCGCAGGUGCCAACCCUGCCCCUGGUCUGCAGCAGGCCAACCGCAACCACGGACUUCUGGGAGGGGCUCUGGCCAACUUGUUUGUGAUUGUAGGCUUUGCUGCGUUCGCCUACACAGUCAAGUAUGUGCUGAGGAGCAUAGCUCAGGAGUGAGAGGAGCUGGCUUUGUAGGUGGACCCCCCCCCCCCACCCUGCAGACAAGCCAGUUAGUGGACUCCAAAUUCUACAAACACACUACGUGGGGGGAAGGAUGCUCAGUCCAGGGUAAAACCCCUCCACAGCCACCACCACCACGGACUAUGGAAGACGGAAACUCAAAGCCGACCCACCCAGGAAGGAUUGAGAGGAGGAAGUGGGGGAGUGGACACAGGGGCAGGGGUUGUGAGGGGCUUAUUAAUAAGGUUGUGAUCCACUCUGGGCUUCGGAGGUUUAGGUCAGCAAUAGAUACAGACUUGGCUCAUGGGUUGUGGUAGAACGUUAAAGUGAUGUCUUGUAAACAGGCCACAGGUUGUCGCAGCGUGUGUGAAGACACCAACACGAACGUGCUCUACUGAGGCGGAACGGAGCGCAGCAUUAUUCCACUGUAAUGUCUCCAACAGCACUGAUAAAAUCAAACCCUUAAAUUAAGUCUCAUGCCGGUCUCUCCUACAGAAAGCAUUUUCCUCUGCAUGUUUUCCAUUUAACAGUGGCCUCCGGGUGUGACGACAUUGAGGUUUUGAAAUUCAGGAGAUGUAUGCGUGAUCUUUCAAAUACGUACGCGUUAUAUUUCAGCAUCAGAUUUCUUCACCUGCAGAGUUCAGACUUUCAGUUUCACAGGUGACUCUGCUAUUCUAAGAAGUAAUGUCUGGUUCAAGGAAGAAUAUUUUUUUCUCAGGUUUAAAAAAAAAGAGCAGUCAGUCAAACGGAGAAUAGACACUUGUCUGAAGUUUAAGCACAUUACCUGAAAGCCCACGUCAUCAGUUUGUAGCGUUAUCCCUGCCGCUCAGUCAAACACUCGCAGGUUUCAUAUACGUGUGUGUUUCCCCAUCACAAACUGCACAUCAGAGAUGAAAGGCAGGUGGCCUUUCAUCUCUGAUGACCUCAUUUAGGACCUCAUUUAUGACCUGCAAACAUCAACAUGCUCAUUGGUUAUCAGUGACUAAUAUCAAACAGCAAACUGCAGAAAGAUAAGUGUCCCUAUGAAAGCAUAAUAGCAUCUAUGUGUGUCAGUAGAUUAUAUUUUUGAUGAUGCAACGCUGUCGAAACGAGUGAGUGAAAAAGGCAGUUUUGCUGCAGCAGGGUAUUGACGAGUGUUUGCAAAUAGAUAAACGACAGAAAAAACAACUAGGGUCCAUCGCUCUGUUGAAGAGAGACUGACGCACGGUCAAGGUUUGAAGGGAGUUCAGUUGUUUCCAGUCAACCCAUGAGCCAAGCACUGAACCAGUGUCUGCGCAGGAUGUCAGACCAGGACCUCUUCUUUUCCUUUUUCAAUUGGCUUAGCUGACCAGUAUAGUAUAGCUCUAUAUAGGUCCAAGGAAGGAGACACAGGAAAAGAACCAACAGUUUUGUGUCUUUGUUAUUUUUUUUCUUUGUUUUUUUUCUCUUUAUUUAUAGAGAAAAUCUGGGCCUGUCUGUCCCAACUCUGAGGAAACGUCUAGUGUUGAUUAAACGAGGCGUCAUAAUGGACAAACACGCGCAGACAGGUCACGGCCCAGACUCCCAUAAUUGCUGAUAAUUUACUGUUGUGCGUUGCAUUUAGUAAAGAUGGUUCUAUUGUGUAUCAAAUGUUUCAACAGAAAACUGAUCUGACGGCAGAAGAUUGGCCUUUGUAUUGCUCUUUUCUCUGCACCAUCUUUAAAAAAAAAAAAAAACUGAUGAUGGUGGAGUGCAUUUGUGUGAUUAUCCAGCAAAUGCCCACAUUUUCAUGCUUCAGUUAAUCUUGUGUAACAUAUGUUUUCAUAGUAAAUGCAAAUAAAUAACUCUGCUUUGCAGGGCCUUUUAGAAAACCUU